AUGAUCUCCCUUGCGGAACUAUCACAGUUGAACAUCAUGGUCCCCCCAGAGGUUCUGACAGAGGUUCAGAAAUACGUUACCCCAACCGGCAUCGCCGACUAUACUGCUUUGGCAAUCAUCGCCGGCGCCUCAGCUACAUACCUGUCCCGGGGACUCCUUUGGGACCAGCCAGACCCCUACCACUACCUCAACUUCGAGCGCCCACAAUUGAAGAAUGGCGCGGGGGCUGGUGCGAACCUCAACAAAGAUACCAGAAACAUUGCGCAGAAAUUGGAGGAAUCCGGCAAGAACAUCGUUGUGUUUUGGGGGUCACAGUCCGGAACUGCAGAGGGAUUUGCGCAGCGCCUUGCUCGAGAGAUCUCCCUUCGAUGGGGUCAAGAGAGUAUGAUGGCCGAUCUGUCUGAUUAUGACCCUGUCACUAUUCCUGAGAUCCCGAGUGCCAAGUUGGCUAUUUUCAUCGUCUCAACAUAUGGCGAGGGUGAUCCUAGUGACAACACUGCGGAAUUUUGGAACUGGAUCACUAAAGCCGGCGAUGUCUCGCUGUCCAAUCUAAACUAUGCUGCUUUCGGUCUGGGAAACACAAAUUACAAAUUCUACAACCGCGUUGUUGAUGUUAUCGUUGAAGGGUUGGAGAAGUUCAACGCUAAAGCUCUCAUGCCGGUUGGCAGAGCCAAUGACGCCGAGGGUGCUACUGAGGAAGACUUCAUGGCUUGGAAGGACUCCCUGUUCACGAUAUUCAAAGAAAAAUUAGGAUUCCAAGAAGUGGAGUCUAAAUACAUCCCGACCUUGAAUGUCGAGGAAGAUGAAUCCUUGGAGCCCAUCGAUCUUCACCAUGGAGAGCCAAGCAACCAGACGGAUUCUCACAAGGGAGCAGCUCAAUCUUCACCUGUUAGGACAUUGAGCAUCACCAACUCUCGGGAGCUUUUCACUGCAUCCGACCGCAACUGUCUGCACAUGGAUGUAGACCUCAGCGACCAGCCUGAGUUGACAUAUAAGACUGGUGAUCACCUUGCUAUUUGGCCUACCAACCCGGACUCGGAGGUUGAGCUUCUUCUGGAGGUCCUUGGUAUCUCCUCAAGACGCGAUGUCCCAGUGAUUAUUAGACCCGUCGACCCAGCAACAAAGAUCACACUUCCAACUCCUACAAACGCAAUUGCCAUUCUCCGUUGCUACCUUGAAAUCUGUGCCCCGGUCAACCGAGACAAUGUCCGUGACCUUGCACAAUUCGCGCCAACCGCCGAAGCAAAGGCCUAUCUCACCAAGCUCGGCCAAGACAAAGAAUACUACGCAGACUUUAUCAACCGCACCCACCUCAAUCUUGGCCGUCUUCUACAACUCGCAUGUCCUGGCCAGACCUGGUCCAACCUCACCCUCCCCUAUCUAGUCGAGACCCUACCGCACAUCCGCCCUCGCCACUACUCUAUUUCCUCCAGCAGCGUGGUCUCUCCUCGCAAACCUUCCAUCACUGCAAUCGUCUCCUCAACUCCUCUCCCCGGUAACUCCAAUGAAAUGAUCCAUGGUGUCACGUCUAACUACCUCCUCGCUAUCUCACAACAGACCCGCUCCCAGCCCCAUCCUCAUGGCAUUACCUACCACUUGAAUGGUCCCAGCAAUGCCCUAGAAGGUGGCAAGAUCUUUGCUCAUAUCCGCCGAAGCAAGUUCAAGUUGCCCAUCACGAGCAAGACCCCACUGGUGAUGGUUGGAGCGGGAACGGGACUCGCACCCUUCCGCGCAUUCUUAUCUGAGCGUUGCCAGGUUCAGAAGAUUGGAAAGGAGAUUGGCCAAAUGGUUCUUUUCUUUGGAUGCCGUACUCCCGAUGAAGACUUCAUUUACCGCGAAGAGCUCCAGGAAUUCCAGCGCAUCCUUGGAGACAAGCUGCGUCUUGUCACCGCAUUCUCAAGAAAGGAGGGCACACCACGCCAAUAUGUUCAAGACAAAGUGUCCGAGUACGGAGAAGAUGUGGUUCAGCUUAUUAAUGAGGGCGCUAGCUUCUAUAUUUGCGGUCGAGCGGGAAUGGCUCGCGAAGUGGAGAAGGUUGUUGGAUCGACGAUGCAAAAGACCAAGGGGUGGUCGGAUGAUGAAGUCAACAACUGGAGCAAGGCAGUAAAGAAGAAGAACAAGUGGCAAGAGGAUGUUUGGGGCUGA